AGAAAGUAAACACUGUACGAGGCUACCCACUCUCUCUACUCUUUCUGCCCCCUGCAGUUAGCCUAUCUCUUCUCUCUUCGCUCUAAAAGCUACCAGAAACAUGUUGGGGUCGUUUCGGAAACCUUCCCAGUCUGCAAACAAGCAGCAACAGAAGCAAGAAAGAGAAUGGUUAGCAUUAAGCUUCAGGCCAGAGAACUUCAUUCCAGGCCUUGUCAUCGGUUUUAUUUUUGGGUUGUUAUUGGAUCUUUCAAAGCCCUCCAAGAAUCAUGUGAGGAAGCAAAAUUUCUCACCAGGCAAGCCCCAACAAGAAUAUCUGGGCUCAAAUAUUGAUGACCAAGAGCUCAAAAUGGUUUUGGUAGUUAGACAAGACCUGAAGAUGAAAUCAGGAAAGAUUGCAUCUCAAUGUGCUCAUGCUGCCACUGGCAUGUAUGCAGAGCUGAUGCAAAGCCACCGAUCUCUUUUGAGACAAUGGGAGCAAUGUGGGCAACCUAAAAUAGUUGUUACGUGCAAGAAUCAACAAGAAAUGAACAAGCUGAAGGAUGCAGCUGAGACAGUUGGCCUUCCAACUUUUAAUGUCGCAGAUGCUGGAAGAACACAGGUUUUGGCUGGAUCCAAGACAGUUCUUGCCAUUGGUCCUGGACCAAAAGCAUCAGUAGAUUCAGUGACAGGAAGACUGUGCCUUCUCUGACAUUGUUGAAGAGCCAAGGGCAUCUGACCAAAUCUUCUAAGUUAAAUUCUAGGUUGAUUUGCUUCAGAGCAAUUGUUUCUGCAUCUCUGAUGGGAGAACAUUUUCUUCAUUAUUGGUCUAUAGAGUCAAGGUGGUGCAGACCAAGCUUCAUGCAAUGGCCGGUUGAGAAAUUAUUUUCCUCAGGGUAAAUGUUGUUUGAUGUCUAAUAUAGAAUUCGAGGAAAGAGAAAGGUAGAUUAGUAUAUCUCGUUGGGGAUGACCCUUUAGAACUAGCAAAUUAAGGAUUCUCAGAUGUAAUAGUACUAGCAAGUGCUUCCUAUAUGUUCUGAUCCCAAUUUUAGGAGCCAAGUAGUGUUUUUAGUCCAAAACUAGACCAAAAAAUCUGGCCUCAUUUUCUCAGA